UAUCAGCCGUUGUUCUUGAGAGUCCUUGGUCGUGCUGCUUUGUCAGAAUUGACCGCAUGUGUUUAGAUAUUUGCCUCCAGAUCUUCCGUCGAAUAUGGCCCUGCUGAAGGGCAGUGCUCCCUGAGAAAAACACUCCUCAAGCAGAAUCUCAGCUGUGACAGACUGCUGAGAGUGGUGCUGCAGAAACUAUGUAAGCUGGUUUUGCGCUCCUGGAGUAAACAUGAUGAAAACGGAGUCUUCAGGAGAAAGAUCAACCCUCCGAAGUGCCUCUCCUCACAGGAACGCUUACAGAACUGAGUUCCAGGCGCUGAAAAGCACCUUUGACAAACCGAAAUCAGAUGGAGACCAAAAAGCGAAAGAGGAAGGAGAGGCCUCGCAGAGCAGGGGAAGGAAAUAUGGCUCAAAUGUCAAUAGGAUUAAGAACUUAUUUAUGCAGAUGGGCAUGGAGCCCACUGAAAGUGCUGGAGUUACCCCUAAAACCAGGGGGAAGGGUGGCCCUCCAUCACCUCAGAGGCGAAUUAGGCCCAAAGAAUUUGUAGAAAAAGCAGAUGGUUCAAUUGUGAAGUUGGAAUCAUCCGUCUCAGAAAGGAUUAGUAGAUUUGAUACUAUCCACGAUGGUCCUUCCUAUUCUAAGUUUACUGAAACUCGGAAGAUGUUUGAGCGAAAUGCUCAUGAAACGGGACAUUCCAAUCGCUAUUCCCCAAAGAAAGAGAAAGUCGUUUCCAAUGAGCUUCCGGAUGAGUGGUGCAGCUCGAAGUCUCACAGGGGCAGCACCGAUUCACUGGACAGUCUUAGCCCAAGGACAGAGACUGUCUCUCCAACUGUGAGUCAGCUCAGCGCAGUUUUUGAAAACACUGACUCACACAAUGUAAUUGUUGUAGAAAAGUCGGAAAACAACGAAGAGUACUCUGUAACUGGUCACUAUCCGUUAAACCUUUCAUCUACUGUUGCAAAUAUCUCUUCCCCGGUUGCAAACCUUGAGGGUUUCAGUCCUUUGAAAGAUGCCAGCACGUGGUCUCCCCCAGCCAAACAGAGUACAGGCAUGAUGUCUGUUGAGAACUCUCAGCAGAAUAGUGCGCCUUCAACACCAAGACAGAAGACAUCCACAGGCACUGCGGCAGGUUCAACAACAACUGAAGAAAUAAAGAAGAGUACAGAGGCUGCUUCUGCUGAGGGCUCUGCAGUGAGUCAACAGGAUUUGGUCAGCGUGCUUGACAGCGAAAAAUCUGUGGACAGCUGUGUGAGGAGUAGGUCAAAAAUAGAGACAGAAGGUUUGUUGCAACAAAAGGAACAGUUGGAACUUUCAGAGGCUGUCUUUGAUAGACCUGAAGCUGCAGGAUUACCAAGAAAUGUAGCUUCAGGUGGUGAUUUUGCCACAGAUGCUGUUUCAGAUGCUACUGAGUCCCAUUAUGAUGAGGCAAGUGAAAAAGAAGUGCAUGAAGAUGUGAAUAAUUUUCAGAGUUCCCAUGUGUACAUGCACUCUGACUACAAUGUGUAUCGGGUACGAUCGAGAUAUAAUUCUGACUGGGGAGAGACAGGUACAGAACAGGAUGAUCAGGAUGACAGUGACGAGAAUAACUGUUAUGAACCUGAUAUGGAAUAUUCUGAAAUUAAUGGAUUGCCAGAUGAAGAUGAAAUACCAGCCAACAGAAAAAUACAGUUUAGCCGUGCUCCAAUCAAGGUUUUCAAUACAUAUUCCAAUGAAGAUUAUGACAGGAGAAAUGAUGAAGUUGACCCAGUGGCUGCGUCAGCAGAAUAUGAACUCGAGAAGCGUGUGGAAAAGCUGGAGCUCUUCCCAGUUGAACUAGAAAAAGAUGAAGAUGGACUUGGCAUAAGCAUUAUUGGAAUGGGAGUUGGAGCAGAUGCAGGCCUUGAAAAACUGGGAAUAUUUGUCAAAACAGUAACAGAAGGUGGGGCAGCAGAAAGAGAUAGCAGGAUCCAAGUGAAUGACCAAAUUGUGGAAGUUGAUGGCAUCAGUCUGGUUGGUGUUACACAAAAUUUUGCUGCAACUGUUCUGAGAAACACCAAAGGGAAAGUCAGGUUUGUAAUUGGACGAGAAAAACCGGGACAAGUGAGUGAGGUUGCACAGCUGAUUAGCCAAACUCUAGAACAAGAACGCCGCCAGAGAGAGCUGCUGGAGCAGCAUUAUGCACAGUAUGAUGCAGAUGAUGAUGAGACAGGGGAAUAUGCUACAGAUGAAGAAGAUGAAGACAUGGGACCUGUCCUUCCAGGAGGUGACAUGGCUAUUGAAGUGUUUGAUCUCCCUGAAAAUGAUGAUAUGUUCUCCCCCAGUGAUGUGGACACCAGCAAGCUUGCUCACAAAUUCAAAGAGUUGCAAAUCAAACAUGCAGUUACAGAAGCUGAAAUUCAGAAGCUGAAGACGAAGCUGCAGGCUGCUGAGAAUGAGAAGGUGAGGUGGGAGUUGGAGAAGACCCAACUCCAGCAGAACAUUGAGGAGAAUAAGGAAAGGAUGAUGAAAUUAGAGAGUUACUGGAUUGAGGCACAAACCUUGUGUCACACAGUGAAUGAGCACCUCAAGGAGACGCAAAGCCAGUAUCAGGCUCUGGAGAAGAAAUACAACAAGGCAAAGAAACUAAUCAAGGAUUUUCAGCAAAAAGAACUUGACUUCAUCAAACGCCAGGAAGCUGAACGAAAGAAAAUAGAAGAUUUGGAGAAGGCACACCUUGCAGAGGUUCAAGGCUUACAAGCUCGUAUACGAGACUUGGAAGCAGAAGUUUUCAGGCUAAUGAAGCAAAAUGGGAGCCAGGUGAACAAUAACAACAACAUUUUCGAAAGGCAGACAUCUUUUGGAGAAGUUUCUAGAGAUCCAGUGGAAAAUCUAGACACUAAGCAAGUGUCCUGCCUGGAUGGCUUAAGUCAAGAUUUCAAUGAAGCAGUACCAGAAACGGAGAGACUGGACUCCAAAGCUCUGAAGACUCGAGCUCAGCUUUCAGUGAAGAACAAGCGGCAGAGGCCUUCUAGAACAAGGCUGUAUGACAGCAUCAGUUCAACUGAUGGAGAGGACAGCCUUGAACGAAAGCCAUCAAACAGUUACAGUAGUCCCAUGCACAUUUCAAAAUCACCACUGCCCUUAUGCAUGAGAGCAUCCUCACCAGCAUCAGAUUCUGGUGCUUCCUCCCUCUCCCCCGUGGCUAGCAGUGCAGCAAUCUCACUUGACAACCUAACUGAGAACCAAGAAGAAGGACAGCACUACAAAGGAGGUGUCCUUUCCCUGCAUGCUCGGGGAGACACUCCACUUUCCUCUCCUUCAAAAUCUGGGCACAGCUCUGAAGCAUCUCCUUUGCAUCACCCAGCUGGCAGGAAUAUUUUACAGGAUAAAGAUGGUGCCGCAUGUGCUCAGGCAGCAAGAACAACUAGCCCUACUAUAGGGCAUACAGAAAAACUAAAGCGAAAACUUGCAGAUCUUGGGGCUCCCUUGAGAAGGAGUUCAAACAAGGGCAAGAAGCGGAAAGAGAAAGAAGCUCUUAGGGUGACCUAUGGCAGUAGGACUACCAGAGAGCUUCUGCAGAAAUCAGCAAACACUAAAUCUUUAGCAGAGCGAUCCUCCUCUCUCCCACAUUGUGUACCAUUCACAUGGUAUGGAGAGAGUGGCAAGGGAUCCAAUUCUUCUAGCAACCUGCCAUCACCUACAAGCUCAACUGAACCUUCCUCUGAAAAUAUAAGUCCAGCUAAAAAAGGGUCAAAGAAUUUCACAUUCAACGAUGAUUUCAGUCCCAGCAGCACAAGUUCAGCUGAUUUGAGUGGUUUGGGAGCAGAACCUAAAACGCCAGGUUUCUCACACUCCUUAGCACUGUCGUCAGAUGAGAGCCUGGAUAUGAUUGAUGAUGAGAUCCUUGACGAUGGACAGUCUCCUAAGCACGUUCAGUGUCAGAGUCGUGCUGUUCAGGAGUGGAGCGUGCAGCAGGUUUCCCACUGGUUAAUGAGCCUAAACCUUGAACAGUAUGUUUCUGAAUUCAGUGCCCAAAACAUUAACGGGGAGCAUCUCCUUCAGCUGGAUGGGAGUAAGCUCAAGGCUCUUGGUAUGACAUCUUCCCAGGACAGAGCAAUCAUUAAAAAAAAGCUAAAGGAAAUGAAAGCAUCCUUGGAGAAAGCUCGCAAAGCUCAAGAGAAAAUGGAAAAGCAAAGGGAAAAGCUUCGGAAGAAGGAACAAGAGCAACUACAGAGGAAAUCGAAGAAAACAGACAAGUCUUCACCAGAUGCAACAGAGGGCACUAAUGAGCAGUGAUCAGCAGAAGUGCUGCUGUGUUAGAAAAGUGGAGGCACUUCAAGGGAAGAGAAACUCAUAUCCACUGGUGCCCCUUCAGCUUUCUUGUAUUCAUUACACAAGAGUGUGUACAGAGAAAUGGGGUUAUACAUAGAAUGACUAGGGAAAUUUAUAUUGUGUAGUUUUAUUUUCCCGCAUAUCCAGUUCACGCUCGUUGCUGUUGCCAUGUGAAACAACCCCAGCCCCUCGGUUUGUUUUGUUGUUGUUGACAGCUAACAGAUUUCAUAUUUUUGUGGCAGUGUUUCCUUCCAAACUACUCUUCUCUAUUGAGCUCUAUGUGUUUGGUCACUUCAGUAACCAGCAUGAUGCUGAGGAGCAUGGUCUACUGCUUCACCUCUUCUGAAUAGGAUGGCCAGUCAGAAUGAUUGGUGAACGUUUCUUCAGCUGGGUAAAAGGAGUUGUGCUCUGUCUGAUAAGAGUUGACUUAAUUUUCUAACUGUAAGUUCAGCUUCUUUACAGUGUUUGGGUACUCAGUUCCGUCUACUGGAGUAAAUUUCAUCUUGCGUCAGUACCUUGAAGCGACACUGCUCUGGAAACACAACUGUUCAGUGACUUCUUAUUAUACACUGGAAAUAAAGACAGGAGAAUUGAUAUUCCCCCUGGGCAAAAGACAGGAGGUGAAACUCUUUCUAUUAACUGUACAGUAGUUAAUCCAGGAAGGAGGCAAAGCCUUAAAUGAUUAUGUGGGUUUACACAGAAAUCUGAGGAUAACAUUUAUCCUUUAGAUAUCUGAGCAAGGAUGAAUUUCUAACUAGAGCACAGCGUAUAGAUCUGUAUAAAUUUCAUUGUGCUCCCAGUGUGUAGGCAACUUUCUUAUAGCACACUCCACUUUCUUUUUCAUGUGUUUUGAACAGGAAACUGGGCUUAUUUUGUUUUGGGUUUGUUUUUUCCAAGAAAGACACUUCAGAUUCAUUCUCCAAUAAGCUUUGUGCUGUGCUGUUAUGAAGCUGUUGUUGGAAACGAUUAUCAAACUUGAGUCUGCUAAAGAUUUUCAGUUUUUACAGAAGUGCACUUUAAGAAGAGGAAGACGAGGGAUUCUGUUUAGAAUUAGAUUCAGUACAUUGCUGUUAAGAUCAGUGCUGCCAUGGAGAUUACUAAAUCCAAAGCUGCCAUAUAUUGUUUUGAUUGAUGUGUUUAAAGAAUAUCCCCACCAAAACUCGAAAUUUUGGGCAUAGGCUGUAGAAUCUAUUGAUGGCUUAACAGUGGUUAUAUUACAUCCUUCAGAGAUUUCUGCUUUCCUGGUGUAUGAGGCCAUCAGCAAAGCCUGCUGCGUUUUGACUAUGACGGAAGCACUUCAUAGCUCGCACUGCAUGGUGUUACUGCCUCUUAAAAGUGGUAUUGAAAUAUUUAGUAUUUCUUCAAAAGAACGGACAGACAACAGGCAAAUAUCCACAAUUAGAAGCUAAAGGUAUUAGCUUACUGUAGUCAAAGCUAACUACAUAGCAGCGUUUAUAAUUGAGAAACAUCACUUCCCUUUCCUGCAUCCUGGAAGUUGCAAUCUUCAUCUAGUCAUGCCAACCCAUUAAGUUGUUUAAGAUGUCGAUGCAAAGUUAGAACCUUGAACAUAAAAAUUUGCCAGCCUAAUUGCAAAUAAUUGAAUUCUUUUGAAGAAAAUGUUUGUUUUGUUUUUGCUUGGCUUCUCUUCUGCUCUGUACUUUAUGUCAUUCAGAUUUGUGUCGGUAAAGUUCUCUGAAGCUCAGAUUUGAAAACAGUUGGGGUGCAAUAUUUAUAGUUGAAUUUCUUUUGAUCCUAAUAAUUUCUUUGACAUGUAAAAUGAUCCAUAAACUGAGUUCAUUCAAAAUUAAUACACAACAGAUCUACUUAGCAUUAGCUGUAUUUUUCCUUCCAAAUCCAAUUUAUACAAUUUCUGAUGUAUAUUUUAUCAGAUCUAAAAAUGAAAUUGGUGUAAAAGAUACUUCCUGGUAUUUCUAAAGGCUUGUGAUACUUUUCUUGAGAUAGAUAGACCACCAGCAAAAAAAAAAUACACCUGCUAACAAGAAUUCCACAUUGCAGUGAAUCUUUCUGUGCUCUUUGUAGGAGAAAAAUUAUGCAAAUGUUUAACGCAUCAUAAAACUAGCAAUUUAUAUUUGAGUCAGAAAAGUUACCUAGAAGAAACUGGAAAUUUAAUACUUUAAAUACAGUGAUGAUAAAUGCAUUCCAUUAUGAUUUUCUUUUAAAAUUAUGUUUACACUGUAGUAAUGUUUAAGUGGUUGUAUAUAAUAAUCUCCAGUGGUAUCCCUGGUUUAUGUUCUUUGUUUUCUUAGAAACCUGAGCAGACUGCUUGGCUUUAUACAUUGAGUUUUCAUUCUUUCUGCUUGGAACAGUGCCUAGUUAAUCUCUUCGUAAAUCAGAUUCUUAUUCUGCAGAGUAACUAAUUUGACCUAAGUCCUUUAAGCAUUCAGGGGGGUUGUAUUGCUUUGUGAUAGUGUUAUUAUGUUAUUCUCUGACUAAAAAAAUGCAACAAAGUCCUAACUUUAAAAAAAAGUAGUAGUUUGAGUUUAAAAUAAAACCAUAAAAUACAUUUUAAUCAACACACAAAAACUAAGCAAACCAAGUAAUGUCAAGAGUUUUGCUGCUUUUUCUGUGAUAAAAGAGAUUUAUGUUGUUACUUUUAUGAAGUAUGGUAGCUCAUUGUUGGGGCAUGCGGAAGUGUCACUGGAUAACAGAUGAAUGUAGCACGGUUUUAAACUUUUGUUACUUGUUCUAUAGGACCUUUAAAGUUGUGUUUCAAUUUUUCCCCUUGUAUUGUGUAACGACAUACAUGAAACAAAGGAUACGGAUGUCUCAUCAUUCUUAACUUAAACUUCCUGUAAACCAAUGCUAAGUCAGACUGACUAAUGUGAGAUUGAUGUAAGAAGAAACAAAUAUUCCAUGCUAAAUGACUGGAAAGACUUUUCUAUUUUGGCUCACACACAAAUGUAACUGUCACCUACUUUUGCAUAUUUAUUUGUGGAGCUAAAGCAAUUUUGAGUAUGCUGAUUUGCCUGGCCCCUUUGAACUGUUGUGCAGGUGAUGUGGUGGUUCCACACCUCUAGCCAUGCCUCUGUGUCACCUUAACACCUAGGUGUCCACAGUGGGCUGAUGAAGUUAACGUAUCCCUGGUUACAACGGUAGGCCAGUGCCGUGAAGUCUGGUUCUGCUCAUUGCUGCAGUGUUGCCAGGUUGUGUAUAUAUUGAGCCUCUGAAAGGGUGAAGAAAGGGGAGUUAGCAAAAAAUGGAACUCUGAAAAACAGAAAAUAAAAGAUACAACACUGCAGGUUACUUUUGUCCUAAAAAACCUAGUGUUUAUAUUGAGAUGGUGGAGAGAGUGGUGGCUUCUUGUCCUGUCCAAAUCAGCCAAACACACAGACAUCACCCCAGCUUCCAGCUCCUAUUUUCCCAUGUGGUGGGAUGCUGCAUCCAUGCAACUUCCGUGUUAAUUCAGUGUGAAUCUGCCCAGGCAGAUCAGGACCAGGGUGUGAGGCAGGAGCCAAACCUGUUCAUUACAAUGCACAGAGUACUGCCCACUAGUGUAUGCAUUUCACCCACCUCUGAGCAGGUCUGGUGGGUGUCACUGUUACAGAUGAUAGGUUAGAAUUGCACAGUGGAACAGAAGCCAGAAAUAAAAAGCUGAACAGUUAGGUGGUGUUUGUAUCUCAGUGUGUACGAAUACUUUUGCAUUUCUUAAACUUUACUUUUUUUUGCAAAGGCAUCUGUUAUGCCAGUCUGCUGUAGGGAUACCACAAGAAUCGAGCUUUUACUAGAAUUACUGAGCAGCUUUCCUCUGAAGCUUGCCAGUCCUCAGCUCUCAUUGACAUUCAGAGGUGCUUGACACUGAGCAUUGGAGGUCCUCAUACUUCAUUGCUUCCAUUGAAGCUUCCUGUCCUCCUGGGCUCCUCCACCUUCACCUCCUGGCUCACACACUGGUGUGAUUUUUGAGAAUUAAUCGUGUUACACUUUUAAGUCAGAAAAAUAAAUGCUACUCUUGUUAAUAGUGCAGAAUGCAGUUCUAUAGUAAGAAGGAAGAGGAUCAUCAUUUAGCUGGGUAUGGCCAGGUACCAACACAGCACUGAAAAUCAAAAGGAAAGUUUUGCACAGAUUCAGCUGUAGCUCUUUACAGCAUCUGCACUGCAGUCUGUACUGUUUCUUGGUGCUGAAAUUUAGGGGAAGUUUGCAAUAAUUAAAUCUUGUGUUGAUUUCUUAGCUGUGUGUUUACAGAGAGAAAAUAUUGUCAAGGCAAAAGGCAAACCUGGUCCUGCUCUUUUUAGGUGUGGCCUCAUCCCCUGCACUGUCAUCAAACUAAGUGAUAAAGGGACUGGACCCUUUUGAUAGCACUUCCCUCUUUCUGUGCUUUCCCUCAUUGAAAACUUCAGGAAAUCUAUGGACCAAAAUACUGAAAAAACAGGUGUUUGGAAAAAGCAGCACAUAUUUAAGUUGCACAUCUUUAACAGAGAGUUGCAGGCUCUGUGAUUGGGCAGAGUGCACGGAGCAGUUAGAUUGUUUUGGUUUAAUUUUGUUAAUUAGUGAUUGAAAAUAAUGAAAUCAGUCUUUCUGGAAAUGUUGAAGUGAUUUGUGGCUUGAUUCCCUCUUUAAAUAAAUAUGUAUGGGUUUGUGUGUGUACAUACAUAAUGUACAUGCCUAUUCAUACAGGUGUACACUGCACUAGUAGCAGUUAGCACGUCGGUCUCUCUCUGUUGUAGGGCUGCAGGCACACAGUCUGCACGUAGGCAGAGGGUCCCAGCACUGUCUGCAACCUCGGACAAGCAAAGCACUGCCCCUCGGUCUCACCAGCAUGCUCACCCCUGUCUGCACUGGUGGAUUUGCUCACUUUUCUUAUGUAUUUUGCAAAUCAGAAGAUUUUAAAGCUUUGUUAGAACUGUAUACAGAACGGUCUUCUGCAGGUCCUUCUGCAUGUUGUCUUCUGGUUGUUUUCUGGGUGUGGGAGGUUGGCAGGAUUGAUUUAUUGGAGUGCUGAUAAUCUAGGAAGGAAACCCUUCUAUAUAUUUUUAACCCUAACUUUGAUUUUUUGUGAGCGCUUUCAGUAGCUUGCUUUUGAGCAGGAUUAUGAGUGACAUCCAAGUUUACCUACUUACCAUAGUGGCAUGUGGGUCAUCUGCAGAUUGCACAGUUUGUUAACCUCCCAUAUGGAUUUUACUCUACGUUUUCCACCAGUAAAACUGAUUUUUCAAGGCUGUGACACCUUAGUCAUGACAUUGAGCUCUCCAAUCCCUCAUUAUAAAAUGAGCCUUCUGUUACUAAUUGGCAGUACUAAAUGGUACUUUUCUGUUGGCAUUAAGUAAUGGUUUAAAAAAUGUGCGUCUUGCUGGAAGGUUUGGCAGUAGUGCCUAUUCCUUUGGGAAGUUUGGGCCAUGUUAAGAACAAGCCGUAGGGUUUGUGAAACCUGCCCUGCUGAGUUAGGCAAGUUUCCUCUUCCAGAGCAAGGAGAGGUGAGGAGGGCUUUCAGCUCAUGAGAUCGGGUCCAGCCUGCAUAACCCAGGAGCCUGAGCCUCCUGCUGGGUUUUUGGUGGGAGCUUUGGCACUCACCAGUGGAAGUGGGUUUGGGCUCCAGUGCAGAAGCGUCUGAAGGAAAGGGGGAUCCCGGGGCACCAGACGUAAAGCGUAGCCAGCCCAUUUGGAAGUGGGGAGUGCACAGUGAACCUCUUCUGACUCUAUACUUUCCCAUACACAUUUACUGUCUGAACAACUGCUUUCAUAUUUUCCAGUCACGUUGCAAUGGUAACUCACUGGUCACUGACAAGUGUUAGAUAUAUUGCUAGAAGACCAGGCAGCUAAAAGACUAAAAUGCACUGUGCUCAUUGUAAAAAUCGGCUUCUUAUAUUGUUUCUUUUUAUAUGGUUGAAGAGGUGGUUGCGCUUCAGAUUUUUUUCCUUUUCUUUUUUUAAAGAGGUCAAAUGUAUAUGAAGUGCAUGUUACCCUGAACUUUUUGUUUGUACAUCUUGGUGUCUGAUCAUCUGCAUGAAAGACACAGUGGUGCCAUGUCUGAGCUUGUUCUCUUGUGCUUGGUUGAUAUAAACUUCUCUAGAUUGCUGAGUUUUCCCCAAAAUAACUUUGGUUAAUAUUUAGUUAUUGGGAGACAUCAAAACAAAACGUUAUGGUGGACCUUUGCUUUCUUACAGUUUAAACACAAACAACAAAGCCUUGUGGUUUCAAGUUAAUUUGUUAGUGUAAAUAAAUUUCUUGCCAAUGAGUAUUAUUGUUGUUAGACAACGAAUGCAAUAAAAUGAGAAAUCCUGAAUCUUUAUUA